GGACCUGCAAACUGACAAAUGCUAUUGCUCCGGUGGUGACAGGUUGUCCAGCUCCUUCCAGCCAUCCUCACAAUAACCAAGGUUAACUUCCUUCACUCUUUAUGGACUCCUCCUAGCUGAUUCUGUUCCUGAGGACUCGAAGGAUCCUUAACUUUAAUCUCACACUUCUGGAUAAGUGUCAGCGCUACUCACUGCCAGGGCUGGGCAGCAGCAGCUGGAGGAAUUAAAAAAAGCAUGCAAGACGACAGUUUAGAAACCUCAACUUCAAUAUCUCAGCUUCUGAGAGAGAGUUAUUUAGCAGAAACAAAACAUCAAGGGAAGAGUGAAAGAAGCAGAUCAGAGCCAGUUUCUCAUAAUUUCCACUAUGGCAAUGCUGCUGGUGAUUCAGAUGAGGUAGCUGCCCAAGAUGACCUCCCAGAUCUCUCAGCCUUUUUGAGCCAAGAAGAGCUUGAUGAAAGUGUAAACCUGGCAAGACAAGCUAUUGAUCAGAAUCCACUGGAAACUAAACAGGAUGAGCUUCAGGCACAUUCACAGCGCCCCCCAGAUCAGCUGAACAACGCGGGAAAACACAAACAAAUGGCCCAGUCUACAGCUUUGAAAACAUCAGACAAUGGCCUGAACUCCAACUUCUGUCAGGAACAUGUCAGAAAUACAAGGGGGUCCAAAGGGAGCUCUCAAGAUCUAAAGAAACACCACCUCCCCUCUGAGUCAGAAUCCAAAAAGGAAUUCCUGAACAAGGCAGCAGAUUUCAUCGAGGAGCUCUCGUCGCUUUUCAAAGCUCACAACUCUGAAAGGAUACGACCCCGAACAUGCAAAAACUACAAGAGCAAAAUGGAUUCUAAGAACAAGUCUGCUCAAAAAGGUAGCUCCAGCCUAUCUCUCACGUCAGAAAAUAGAGAAAGGCUUUCCAUUCCAACAGCUCAAGACUCGGAAAACAAAGCAGAGAAAACUUUUGAACAAACAGAUGAUCAACAGGCUGCAAACCUGGAAUCCAUCGCUCAAUUAACAAGCACAGAGCUGAAAACAGAGUCAGAAUCUGCAUCUGUAUAUUCUGAUGAGCCCAUUGGACAACCACCACGCUUCACUCAGAAACUGAAGAGCAGGGAGGUUCCUGAAGGAUCCAAAGUGCAAUUGGACUGCAUUGUGGUAGGAAUCCCAGCACCUGAAGUCAGGUGGUACUGUGAAGGGAAGGAGCUUGAAAACUCACCAGACAUUCAAAUUAUCCAGGCAGGGGAUCGACACUCAUUGAUUAUUGUUGAAGCUUUUGAGGAGGACACAGGGCGUUACUCGUGCUUUGCUUCCAACAUCUAUGGAACAGACUCCACUUCUGCAGAGAUUUACAUAGAAGGCAUCUCUUCUUCUGACUCUGAAGGUGAAAUCAUCAGAGACGAAAUGGAUCACAAACCAAAGCCAGCCAACACCUCUGUGAAUGCAGCAGCUCCUGCUGUCAGAACUGCAACCAAGCAUCAGGAGAGCACCAGGGCACCAUCAGCUGUGGCUCAGCCUGGGUCUGUACCUGUCCAGACUGUGUCAACACCAGUUAACCAGGCUCAAAGCCCCACUAACUAUUUGCAAGGACUGGAUGGAAGACCUAUAAUUGCUGCUCCUGUAUUUACAAAGAUGUUACAGGAUAUUUCAGCUUCUGAGGGGCAGCUUGUUGUUUUUGAAUGUCGGGUGAAAGGAGCUCCUUCCCCAAAGGUUGAAUGGUAUAGAGAAGGAACACUGAUAGAAGACUCUCCAGAUUUUAGGAUAUUACAGAAAAAACCACGAUCUAUGGCUGAACCAGAGGAGAUUUGUACUCUGGUGAUUGCUGAAGUAUUUUCAGAAGAUUCAGGCAGUUUCACCUGUACUGCCAGCAAUAAAUAUGGCACAGUGUCCAGUAUAGCUCGUCUGACUGUCAAAGGUCUGACCUUUCCUCUUUCAGCACCUGAGGACAGCAGUAAUGCUGCUGCCCUUCACACCACGAGCUCCAUCGAUUUUGUCGCCACUGAGCAUCAGCCUCCCCCACAAACUCCUGCCAGCCAGGGAGCAAAUCCAACACCCAAACCUAAACUGGAAGGGGUUCUUGUCAACCACAACGAGCCCAGGUCGAGUUCCAAGGCAGGGCUCCGUGUCCACUUCAAGCUGCCUGAAGAUGAAAAAGGAAGUGAGUCGUCCUCAGAGGAUGGACCUGGCGCCACAAACCAAAUCAGACCCAACCAUUUCCCAGAGAAGAUAAAUGGACAGCCAAUGAAAAUAGCAGAGCCAACAUCACCAUCCAAGGAACCUCCCCCAGUACUGGCUAAGCCAAAGCUUGAUCAGAGCCAGUUAAAACAGCUCCACAACCAGGUCUUGCUUGAACAACAGCAGGUGCAGCAGGCAUCUCUAAGAGAGUGGUCAUUCAACAGCACUUCGGUGAAUUCUGCUACUUCCCUCUACCAGCAGUCCACCUCAACCCUGUACAAGCAAAGCUCAUCCUCUGCCUCGCCAUCCUUCGCCUACGGCCGCCCCAAGCAGUUCCUGGCACCGCAAACGCCGCCGCCAGCCAGCCCCUCUGCCAGCUCCUCCUGCACAUUCAGCAGCAUCCCUCAGGCUGCUCAGAGAACAAACCACAUGGAAAAUUUCAUAGCAAAUCCUCCACCAGCCCCGUCCAGGUCACCAGGAGGCUUUACAAGCAAAAGCGAACAGUCUCUACCAAGCCCUAAAGAAGCGGCGGUGCCUCCCUUAGCGUUUUCUGCUUGCGGUGUAAAACAGUUCCAGCCGCAGACUGUGACCCCCGCUCCCCUCUCCCCAACUGCAAGGAUCCAGAAUCCAGUCGCUUUCCUUAGUGCUGUUCUUCCUUCACUUCCCACCACGCCAUCCACCAACGCCAUGGGACUGCCCAGAAGCACACCAGCCACCCCAACCCAGGGAUUAACAAAGAAAAACCUGAAGCCUCUGCCAUUAGCAACAGAAGAUUCUAUUCGGGAAAACAAAGCUGCACUUGUGAAGGACCUGGAAAGAAAACUGCAUUUCAGAGAGGAUGCUAAUCAACAAAGUGGUCAGCAGGAAUACAGGAUUUCGAGCUUUGAGCAGAGGCUGAUGAAUGAAAUCGAAUUUCGCCUUGAGCGGACACCGGUGGAUGAAUCAGAUGAUGAAGUCCAACACGAGGAAAUCCCUACAGGCAAAUACAUAGCUCCCAUCUUUGAUAAGAGACUCAAGCAUUUUCGGGUAAUGGAAGGAUCCCCUAUCACAUUCACCUGUAAAAUAGUUGGAAUACCCGUUCCCAAGGUCUACUGGUUCAAGGAUGGCAAGCAGAUUUCAAAGAAAAACUCCCAUUUCAAAAUGAACAGAGAGGAAGAUGGAACAUGCUCUUUAUAUAUUGAAGCUGCUACUAAUGAUGAUGAUGGCAACUACACGAUUAUGGCUGCAAACCCCCAAGGGAGGAUCAGUUGCUCAGGACACCUGAUGGUUCAGAGUGUUCCUUUUCGGGGACGAAUAUCAACAACUCAGCCUCACAGAACACGACCCCGGGUGCCAGAAGGAGACAAAGAGGCAGUUCAAGAACGCUUUUUCAGGCCAUACUUCCUCCAGGCUCCAGGUGACAUGGUGGCACACGAAGGGCGGCUCUGUAGGUUGGAUUGUAAGGUGAGUGGCUUACCAACUCCAGACCUGAUGUGGCUGCUGAAUGGCAAACCUGUGCUCCCAGAUGCCAGACACAAGAUGUUGGUCAGGGAGACUGGAGUGCACUCUCUGCUCAUCGAUCCUCUCUCCCAAAGUGAUGCUGGAACUUACACUUGCCUUGCCACCAACAAAACAGGACAAAAUUCCUUUAGUCUGGAGCUCACUGUUGUAGCAAAGGAAGUAAAAAGAGCCCCCAUGUUUCUGGAGAAGCUUCAGAACUGUGGUGUUCCAGAAGGCUACCCUGUCAGAUUAGAGUGCAGAGUUGUGGGAAUGCCUCCUCCCAUAUUUUACUGGAAGAAAGAUAAUGAGACCAUCCCAUCAAACAGAGAGAGGAUGAGCAUGCAUCAAGAUACAACAGGGUAUGUCUGCCUCCUGAUCCAGCCUGCCAAGAAAGCAGAUGCUGGCUGGUACACCUUGUCUGCAAAGAACGAAGCUGGCAUCGUCUCCUGCACUGCUCGACUCGACAUAUAUGCUCAGUGGCACCGUCAAAUUCCACAAGCACUCAAGCUCCGUCCCGGUGGCAGCCGCUACACAAACCUCAGCCAAGGACUGGACAUCUUCUCUGCCUAUCCAGCUCCUGACAGCCCCAUGCUGUUUUCAUCCCCAACCCAAAAGUUGGUGGAGAGUGAAGAACUUUGAAAAACAAACACUCGUUCCAGUUGCACCUGCGGAGAUACUUAGAACUGUGAAAAAACUAAAUAAUAAUAAUAAUAAUGAUGAUAAUAAAAAAAAAAGAGGGACAACUCACGAUGCUCAAGGUUUACAAGCAACUUGUUUGUAAUUAAGUGUUCUGCUGCUGCAAAUGCUGCAAGUAAUAUAUGGUACAAGACUUUUGCAUAUGAUUUUAAUGCAGGAUAAUUGUGGUAUGGAGUGUUGUGCAAUAAAUUCAGUACUGUGUAGUUUGCUAAGAAUUACAUAGUAAACAUAGUUUUCAGCACCUAAAAGCCAAUACCACUUUUACUUCUUGAAUUAGAGCUACUGCACUGUAGCUGCCAUGGUAAGGAUUGAUGAUGAUUAGCUGGAUUACUGCCAGUGAAAACACUGACAUUACACUAACACCAAUCCUGAAUGAGGGGUAAACAACAAGACUUUGAAUGUCAUUUUAAAAACAUGCCAAAUAAUCACAAAGCACAAGUUAAAUGGAAAAGAUGUAACUCAUUUUUAUAUAUGAUUAUCAUGCCAGCCUAUUCUAGAAUUUUUGAACUCCAGACUAGAUAAAUAUAGCAUUUCAUGUAGGUACAGGUGUAUACCCUAAAUAUUUAUAUCUGUGUGUGUGUGCACUCUUGGUGUAAGGGUUCAUAAAAUAAGGUGCAGGGUGUGUGCAUAAGGCACAUAGCAAAUGGGAAUUCCUCUUGUCUGAAGCGUGCUCUCUUGAGCCCCUAGCUGAAACUAUUUUCCAGAUGUGCCUCAUACCUUUUUCUUUACCAUGUCAGUGAUCCUUUGAUUUUGGAUGAUACCAAACUUUGUCACUUCACUGCUUUUAAAUAUCUGUGUCUUUUUCCUUAUUUUUAAUGUGCAUCUACCAUCUAGCUCAUUUUAUAGUUAAAUGAAAAGGAACUAUGACCUGGUAAAUUUUCACCACCAUUUAGGAAGCAAUCACAAGUGUGGUGUCUAAUAGGAGGACAGAAAAUUCUGUUAAUAUACAAAAGUUAUGACAUUAAGCAACUGUUAGAUGCAAAAAGCUAAAAUACCCCAACAGUUAUAAUAAAUAAGGCAAAUAAAUGAAAGCCCAAGAGAAGGUGUUGUGACAACACUUAAUGAUUGAUUUAAAUAUAUUUGGCAUCUAUAUAGUUACAUUAAUACCUCCAGCUGUUAGAAUCUGUGAAUGUUUAAGAUGUUUUCCUGCAUCUUUAAAUUACUGCUAAACCUCUCCUCUAGACAUUGUUUUCAAGCACUUCUUUCUUACUGCUUCCAACAUGGCUGCACAAUGCAACAAAGUCAUGAUCAAAGCCACAGAGAUGAAAAAAAAAUUUAACAGAUACCUUCAUUUUAGACUGUGUCUUGGGUUAUUUCAAAUUUAAAAUUUUAACUUAAAAAAAUUCCAUAUGCAAAGAAAACAAUGAAGAGUUAUGUUAAAAGCAAAAGAAUAUUGGAUAUAGCCAGAGACUGAGAAAGAGAAUCCUUUUCACUGAGCUUCCCACAAAUACAGCUUCUGUUGUUCCUAACUCUUGAUUCCCUCAGGAUUUAGAGGAAGUGAAUUUCUUGUGCUGUUUUACUUCCCACCUGAGUGAACACAAUAAACAAAACCAUGAUUAUAACUCUCAUAUUUUUGUUAGAAAUCUCAGCCAACCCAACCCAGACUGGACAGACCAGAAAGCUAAAACACAAUCUUAUCCUAAGAGUUAAAAAAGCUGCAGGUAUUUCCAUGGGAAAGCAGAUGUUGCCCACGUUGUACCUCUUCCCUGGCAAACAAAAUAAAACUUGUGCCUAUUAAAAGUGA